UUAUACCGUGCUUUUCCUUAUAACGGUCUCAUAGGCACACAACAUCCGGAUCGACACAUUGCACGUGCCAGCCACCAGCUAGCUGUCAAGAGAGGUACAGCAAUGAUCGCCUGAGCGGCCGAGUUGCUUGCCAACCACUCGUCAACUUCAUUUCUCUUGCCGGUCAGUGCAAUCGAUUUGUGGCGAGGGAUAUACCACACUGAUCAUCGACUCAGUUGACUGUCCCAACAGAACAAUGUUUGAUGGGGUCUCGGAGGCGAUCACGCGGGGGAGGGAGGUCACACUUCCCCGCUGGACUUUACAAGAUGCCCCCGUUACCGUGUUGGUGUUUUGCGCGGUGUUGCUGUGCCAGCUCGCUCAGGAGGGGGCCUCGUUUGAUGCCGGAGACACCGUGACUGAGAAUCUGUAUCGAGGUCAGGAUGGUGAGGACAAGGUCAAGGCGGUGGACAGUUGUAAACUCAGUGGUUUGGGUGAUUGCGGAAAGGAGCAAAGAUUGGAAGAGCGCUUGGUUCGAUUGGAAGGAGAAAGGGUUGGGCAUGUUGAGGAGUUGGAACUCAUCCCCGGCAAGAAACAUUUACUGAGGACCAUCAGCAUGAAGCCAGUCAUAUUUGAGAUUCCAGAUUUCUUCACAAGUGAAGAGUGCAAGCACAUGAUCGCCCUGGCAAAGGAGCAAGGAUUGGAAGAGAGUAAGACUACAUCCUCUGGUACCCAUGAGGCGCUGCCACUCUAUGAUGGAAACAGAGAUAACAAACUAAGUCUCAAGGAGAUGCAGCAAACUUUAGAGGAUGGCUUUGAUGUGUACUUAGACGAUGGUGAUGUCAGACAAAUGUAUUCUGACCUUGGCAUUGAUCUGAACCAUGAUGACUUCCUCUCAAGGCAGGAGGUUACUUCCAAGUCGAUAGGCCUGAUCAAAGCUUACGUCUCCAAGCUGAAGGAAGAGAUGCCGUCCAAGAAAUCUCGCUUCAGUGAGCAGACCUGGAUUUAUCCCGAUAAGACGACAGACCCACUGGUUCUUUCCUUCCAAGAAAGAAUUUCCAGGUUAACUCGACUACCCCAGGCUCUGAUUGACAAGUUCAGUUACUUUCAGGUGGUGCAUUAUGGGAAGCACGGCCAUUAUAACGCACACCAUGACUCGAGUAACGUUGAUAGUAUGACAUGCUGCCACCUCACCCAGAGCAAACGGUGUCGCAUAUGCAGAUUUAUGACAAUCAUGGUCUACCUAAAUACAGUUGAACAGGGAGGUGAGACAGCCUUUCCCAUCGCAAACAAUGACACUUAUGACAGACAUGUAUUCCGUCUGAACGGCAUGAUGAAUCUCAACGCCCGAUGUCACCAGUCCAACCUCCGGGUCCAACCGCAAUUAGGCAAAGCGGUCAUUUGGUACAAUCACUUCAUUAACGAGACAACCGGGUGGCUUGGGGACGUUGACCCCUUCACCUGGCACGGCGGAUGCCCCGUCACCAAGGGCAAGAAAUGGAUUAUGAAUCGGUGGAUCGCAGUCAGCAACGAUCGGGAACUGGACCUGGAGUUGUCAUGACAAUUAAUGCCAAUCGUACUUUUGGCUGUUUGUUCUGGUUUCAAUUUGUUAAUGGUUAGACUCAAGGCAGAGAGUUCGGGUAAAUUUAUGCAAGUUAGAGUCGCAUUAAAUGCGGUCUUGGUAUCAGUGAUUUUUUAUAAACUCUGCAAAUAUUAAAAACUUUAAAAACAAAAAUUAGUUUUAUAAUGACUUUGGGAUGAUAUUGGGAAAAUAUUUGGUAUUAUAUAACACCCAAGCAGAUCCUUGCCAUUUGAUUG